AUGAUGAGCCUCCUGUGGACCAAGAGCUUUCUCUUCCUCCUGUCCAUCCCGUGCCUUUGCUCCAGCCAGCCCUCACCUCCCCCGUUGCGUUUCUCUGCUUUCUUGGACGACUCAAACAUGGUCUUCAUGCGCUGGGACCAUGAUGAAGAGGAGAUGAUGACCUUUGAGCUCCAGGUCCGCACUGUUGGCUGGGUGGCAUUUGGAUUCAGCCCUCAUGGAGAGUUGCCUGGGUCUGACAUUGUGAUCGGGGGCGUUUUCCCCAAUGGCAGCAUCUAUUUCUCUGACUGGCAUGCUGUGGAUGAGGAAAAUCUCAAGGAGGACAACAGCCAGGACUACCAGCUGCUGUCACUAACAGAGGAUGAGACCUUCACCACCUUGCGGUUCAAACGCUACUUCCAGACAUGUGACCCAAAUGACCUGGAUAUCACGGGUGACACCGCACGCCUGAUUUCUGCUUUUGGCACUGACGACACAGUCCAGUUCUCCAAAGGCCAAAGAUUCCUCAAAUCUCUCUUUCUGAUGCGGGUCAUAAGCCCAACUGAAUUGAAUGACCCCAAAAUAUUCUUCACCUAUGACCUGAAGCUAAAUGAUUUUCCCAUCCCAGUUGAUGAAACCACAUAUGCCUGUACUUUUAUCCCACUGCCCAUCGUUAAGCAGAAGCACCACAUCUACAAGUUUGAGCCCAUAAUAACAACCCACCAGAACAGAUCGAUGGUUCAUCACAUUCUGGUCUAUGCCUGUGGCAAUGGCAGUGUGUUACCCACAGGCAUCAGCGAUUGUUAUGGGGCCGAUCCAGAUUUUGCCCUGUGCUCCCAGGUGGUUGUAGGCUGGGCCGUUGGAGGAGGGUCCUACCAGUUCCCAAAUGAAGCUGCAAUCUCCAUAGGUACACCUAUGGAUCCUCAAUAUAUCCGGCUGGAAAUCCACUACAGCAAUUUUGACUUGAUACCAGGAUUAAUUGACAACUCAGGGAUACGAUUCUACUGCACCCCGGAGCUGCGGCCAUAUGACAUGGGAGUGCUACAAACAGGGGUGUUCACCUUCCCGGUCCAUUUCAUUCCCCCUGGAGCAGAUGCCUACAAAUCCUAUGGACUCUGCAAAAGCAGUCAGUUCAAUGAGAUGAAUGGGACACCUGUGCCAGAUCUGAAGGUGUUUGGCUUCUUGCUGCACACUCAUCUGGCUGGGAGAGGACUGAAAGUUGUUCAGUACCGGAAUGGUGAGCAGGUGAGGAUCAUCUGCGAGGACAAUAAAUAUGACUUCGCCCUGCAGGAAACACGGGACCUGAAGGAAGUCAUCACCAUCAAAGUGGGAGAUGAGAUCCUAGUGGAAUGUAACUUUCAAACUUUGGAUCGGACGGAAAUCACCUUCGGUGGGCCGAGUACCUUGAAUGAGAUGUGCCUGGCAUUCCUCUUCUAUUACCCUCGCAACAACAUCUCCAGCUGCAUGGGAUACCCAGAUAUCCAGCAGAUUGCCCACACACUUGGCCAGGAGGCCUCAGAGUAA